ACUUUCAACACUACUAUAUAACAAAUAAUUUCAGAGGUAUGUCGGGAAGCAAAAGACUCUGCUGACUGUCCACCGUGUGAAUAGUUAGCCACACGCGGCCCACAACACCAAGCAAAACUAACAACGACACAGCUGGUAUGAAAUGGUAAAGUUAAUAUGACAGAAGGAUACAUCGCAGGAUCGGUCGCUGGAGCAACAGGAUUAGUGGUUGGACACCCAUUUGACACGAUCAAAGUCAGACUUCAGACAUCCCAGAGAUACAAUGGGUUCACUCACUGUAUUACAAAGAUUAUCACGGAGGAAGGGGUUCGGACAUUGUACAAGGGUAUGUUGGCUCCGAUGGCCAGUGUCAGUGCAAUGAACGCUGUUUUCUUUGGGUGUUACACUGGGGUACUAUCAUAUGUUGACACGGACAUGGAGACUCCUAAAAUAUCGAGUACCUACAUAGCAGGAUCAGUGUCUGGUCUCCUCGCGGGCUUUAUCAGCGGUCCUACAGAGCUCAUAAAGUGCAGACUACAAGUUGCCGGAACAAAAUCAAAAAAGAAACUAGGCAACGUGGAGGUGAUUAGACAUAUAUUAAAAACGGAGGGAAUCAAUGGAAUGAGGAGGGGUUUGGGUAUAACUGUGAGCAGAGAACUUGUAUCAUCUGGUUUCUACUUUGCAACGUACGAAUGGAUGAUACAGUGGUUUAGAGGCCCUAACAAAAGAAUAGACGAGCUGACUUCUAUGCACAUGGUUCUAGCCGGGGGAAUAAGUGGAAUGUUGUCCUGGGGUAUCAACUAUCCGAUAGACGUAGUUAAGAGUAGGAUACAGAUUGAUGGAAUGAACGGGCCCAGAGAGUAUACCAGCUCUUACGCUUGUUUCAAGUGCAUGAAAGCCAAGACUGGAUGGGCUGGACUGUACAGAGGAGUAUCAGCUACCUUGAUGAGAGCUUUCCCAACCAAUGCGGCUAUGUUACCCGCCUACAGUAUUUCCCUACAAUUCCUCAUGAAACUGAAGGGCGAGCGAGAGCUGUUGUACUGACAAAGUGAUUUAGUGAGUGGUGUGAUGACGUCACAGUGGUAUGGUGACGUCAUAGUAGUAUGAUGACGUCACAGUGGUAUGAUGACGUAAUACCAAACAAUGUGACGUGAUGACGUAAGGCGGUUUCAGUCUUGUCAGAUAUUACUCCGGUAUGGGACUUAAAGAAGGGAUGUAUUUUGUAGAAAGCCUAGGAAAUGGUAUGUGAACGAUAAUGGAAGCUCGUUAUUUUGUGCUUGUCUAACUGUAUGGAAAAUAGGAUCUAGGUCCUAUCUAGAUAGUAUCUAUAUUCUAGAUACUAUCUGGAUACUGUCUAGUAGGUAGGUUAUGCGUGUAUUUGUGACAGAGAUAUUAUUUUACCAUUUACCUGAUAAUCGUUCAAUAGAAACAAAACGGUAGCCAUCGUAAUUUGUCGGAUGAUUUUUAAAGAGUAUUUUUUUGUAUGUUAUUCUCAGAACAGAUAAUUUUGACCAGAGGCGAUUUAAACAAAUUUAAUUUUUGAAGGGUUGGAACUAUUUUCAGCGGUUUAAUUUAUAUAUGUGAGUGUAUCGCCAUGUUGAAGAUCUUUUCCAUGCGUUUAAGAUCAUUUUUAUUUUUUAACUUUAAAAA